AGUCACUGUCUCUCCUCUCAGCCACUUCUCAACUGCGAGGCGAGUCUGGCGGAGCGACUUGAAUCAGCACCACCACCCCGCAGGUUUUUUUCUCGCCCUGAGUGUUUCCUCUCCCCUCUCCCGUCCCUGCUGCGUCCACACCGGCCGUGAAUAUGCAGCGGCUCCGUCCUGCGCAGGGAAUGACGUUGUUAUUGCCGGUCGCUUUGUGGAUUUUCUGCCUUGUCAACGAUGUGCGCGGAGCUUUGCCAACAACCGCAAAGUGUGACGAAGCUCUCGCCUCCCCUCUGCCUCACACAGCCUUCACCAGCUCAUCUGUUUUCUCCAAUGGAUACGCACCUGGAUACGCCAAGCUCAACAGGAGAGGAGGUGCCGGUGGUUGGUCACCUCUGGACAGUGACCAUUACCAGUGGCUCCAGGUGGACCUGGGGACCAGAAAGCAGGUGAGCGCCAUAGCAACGCAGGGUCGCUACAGCAGCUCUGAUUGGACGACACGGUACCGCCUUCUCUACAGUGACACAGGACGGAACUGGAAACCAUAUCACCAGGACGGCAAUAUUUGGGCCUUUUCUGGUAACUCCAAUUCAGAGAGUGCUGUUCGCCAUGAGCUUCAGCAGGGGAUCGUGGCUCGCUUCCUCAGGCUUGUGCCGUUGGACUGGAGUGAAGAAGGACGGAUCGGCCUGCGCGUUGAAGUCUACGGAUGCUCCUACUGGUCUGACGUUAUCAACUUUGAUGGACAGGGUGUCAUCUCAUAUCGUUUUAAGAUGAAGAAGAUGAAGAUCAUUAAGGAUGUGAUUGCACUGAGGUUCAAGACGUCUGACAGCGAGGGAGUGAUUCUACACGGGGAAGGACAGCAGGGAGACUACAUCACUCUGGAGCUUCACAGGGCGAAGCUUCUGUUGCAGAUAAAUCUGGGCAGUAACCAGUAUGGCUCCAUCCUGGGUCAUACGUCUGUGACCACUGGCAGCCUGUUGGAUGACAAUCACUGGCACUCUGUGGUGAUUGAACGCUACCGUCGCAAUGUCAACUUCACCUUGGACCGACACACUCAGCACUUCAGGACCAAUGGGGAGUUUGACCAUCUAGAUCUGGACUACGAGUUGAGUUUUGGAGGAAUGCCAUACAGUGGGAAGCCAGUGGGAGGAGGGAGGAAGAAUUUCAAAGGCUGCAUGGAGAGCAUCAACUACAACGGCGACAACAUUACCGACCUGGCCCGCCGAAAGAAGCUGGACACCUCUAGCUUUCGCAACUUGUCCUUCUCGUGCGUGGAGACCCACACCUUCCCAGUCUUUUUCAAUGCCACCAGCUUCCUGCAGCUGCCCGGUCGAGCCAGUCACAACACGUUAUCCGUGGGGUUUCAUUUUCGCACGUGGAACCCUGAUGGACUCCUCCUCUUCAGUAAUCUCGAUGAUGGCACUCUGGAGGUCUCCCUGGAGGAUGGCAAGAUCGUGGUUCAUAUCAACGUGUCGCAGGUGACGCGAAACAACCAGGUCGACUUAUCUUCAGGUUCUGGCUUAAACGAUGGCCAGUGGCAUGCGAUACGCUUGGUCGCCAAGGAGAACUUUGCCAUGUUGACGCUAGAUGGCGACGAGGGUUCUGCGGUUCGCUCCAACUCACCACUCACCAUCACCACAGGAGGAACCUAUCACUUGGGAGGGUAUUUUCUGCAGACGUUGUUCCCGCCCUCCCGCCGCUCAUUCCAAGGCUGCAUGCAAGCAAUUGUGGUGGAUGACCAACCGGCUGAUUUACAUGCGGUGGAAAAAGGCACCGUGGGAGCUUUUGAGAAUGUUAGCCUGGACAUGUGUGCAAUCAUAGACAGGUGUAUGCCUAAUCACUGUGAACACGGAGGCCGCUGUAAACAGACGUGGGACGGUUUCAGCUGCACCUGUGAUGGUACAGGUUACAAUGGAGCCACGUGUCACACGUCGAUCUAUGAACCAUCGUGUGAGGCCUAUAAACAUUUGGGCAGGUCCUCUGACACCUACUGGAUCGACCCUGAUGGCAGCGGACCUCUUGGUCCCUUCAAAGUCAACUGCAACAUGACAGAGGACAAAGUUUGGACGACAGUCAUGAACAACCUACCGCCCAAAACAGCAGUUACUGGCUCCAGCAGAGACAGACGCACCGUCCUGCAGGUCAACUACAGUGCGUCAAUGGACCAGGUGACUGCCAUCACCGCCAGUGCAGAAUACUGUGAGCAGCAAAUCAUCUACAGCUGUCAAAAGUCCAGGCUGCUAAACACUCCAGACGGGACCCCUUACACGUGGUGGGUGGGCCGGGCCAGCGAGAAGCACUUCUACUGGGGCGGCUCGGGGCCUGGCAUCCAGAAAUGUGCCUGUGGCAUCGACAGGAACUGCUCCGACCCCAAAUAUGACUGCAACUGCGACGCCGACCUCACAGAGUGGAGAGAAGAUUCUGGGCUCCUUGUAUACAAGGAACAUCUUCCAGUCAGCCAGGUUGCAGUGGGUGACACCAACAGACCGGGGUCUUUGUCCAAGCUCACUGUCGGACCGCUCCGUUGCCAGGGUGACCAUAACUACUGGAACGCUGCAUCAUUCACCACCCCGUCAUCCUACCUGCACUUUGCCACCUUCCACGGUGAGACCAGUGCAGACAUCUCCUUCUAUUUCAAGACCAGCGCACCCUAUGGCGUCUUUCUGGAAAACCUGGGCAAUACUGACUUCAUUCGUCUGGAGCUCAAAUCUCCUAAGGUGGUCUCCUUCUCCUUUGAUGUCGGAAAUGGGCCGGUGGAGCUAACGGUGCACUCAGCCAUGCCCCUCAACGACGACCAGUGGCAUCGCGUAACGGCUGAGCGAAACGUGAAAGAGGCCGUCCUCCAGCUGGAUCAGACCUAUCGGGCGUCUCGGCUCGCUCCCGCACAGGGGCACACACGGCUGGAGCUUUUCAGCCAGCUCUACGUGGGUGCGGCAGGGGGACAGAGGGGAUUCCUGGGAUGCAUCCGAGCCCUGCGGAUGAACGGCAUCACUCUAGACCUGGAGGAGAGGGCCAUGGUCACGCCGGGGGUGAAGCCCGGCUGCCAAGGCCACUGCACCAGUUUUGGAAUGUUCUGCCGGAACGGGGGCAAGUGUGUGGAGAAGUACAACGGCUACUUGUGCGACUGCGCCUCCACCGCCUAUGACGGCCCGUUCUGCACAAGAGAUGUUGGGGGCUUCUUUGAGGCCGGGACGCUCAUUAAGUACAACUUCAUGCCCGAAGCGGUUGCAGGAGCCAGUCGAGAUACGAAGAUCCUGAUGCACCAGCUGACGCCACAUGACGUCAAUCUGACCAAGGAGGAAGUCGCUUUUAGUUUCAGCACAUCCAGUGCUCCUGCGAUUCUGAUGUACGUCAGCUCCAAGACACAGGACUAUCUGGCCGUGGUGUUGAGGCAUAAUGGUUCGUUGCAGGUGCGGUAUAAUCUCGGAGGUCUGCGGGAGCCGUUUGCUAUCGAUGUGGACCAGCGGAACCUGGCCAAUGGACAGCCUCAUAGCAUUAACAUGUCCCGGGUCAACAGGAGCAUUACUAUCCAGUUGGAUCAUUACCCUCCGGUCAGCUACACACUCCCAGAUGCCUCAGACACGCAGUUCAACCUGGUUAAGACACUGUUCUUGGGCAAAGUCCAUGAAACUGGCAGUCUAGACCCGGUCCUCAUCGAUCAUUACAACACUCCGGGCUUUGUUGGGUGUUUGUCACGGGUGCAGUUCAACGGCAUCGCCCCCCUCAAGUCCGCACUGAGAACAGCGUCACAGUCUCAGGCCGCACCGACAGCCGCACAGUCCGACAGACGACCCGCAGUCGCGUCGCCGGUGUCUCACCAAGGCAAACUCGUCGAGUCCAACUGUGGGGCCUCGCCGCUCACCAUCCCACCAAUGUCUGCUGCAACGGAUCCCUGGCGUCUGGACAACACAGAUGGAGAGUUCCCCUUCAAUGAGGAGAGGGUGAUUCCUGAUGGAGUCAACAGGGACUCGGCCAUCAUCGGAGGGAUCAUUGCGGUGGUAAUCUUCACCAUCUUAUGUACUCUGGUGUUCCUGAUCCGCUACAUGUUCCGCCACAAAGGCACCUACCACACCAACGAGGCCAAGGGCAGUGGCGAGUCCGCCGGGGAGUCGGCGGACACGGCCAUCAUUGGCACCGACAACCCAGAGACCAUCGACGAAUCAAAAAAGGAGUGGUUCAUCUAACGGCCCCUCCGACUGGACUUUUAGGGGAAAAGCGAUUU